AUGGACUCAUCCUCACAAAAAAGAAAAUUUUUAUCUGAUGUUAAAUACUAUUUGUGGGAAGAGGCUUAUUUGUUUAAAGUUUAUGGGGAUAAUUUGAUUAGGAGAUGUGUUCCUGAAAGUGAAUUUAUCAUAGUUCUUGAGCAUUGUCACUCUAAAGAGGUGGGAGGCUACUUUGGCCCCACCAAAACUGCUCAUAAGAUUUUGCAAAGCGAUUAUGUCUCUAGGUGGGUGGAAGCAGUUGCUUUACCAACUAAUGAUGCUAGGGUGGUUACUAAAUUUCUUAAGAAAAUUUUUUUUUAUCGGUUUGGAACUCCUAGGGCAAUUAUCAGUGAUGGGGGUACUCAUUUUUGUAAUAAACUUUUUGAUAAUCUCUACAGUGUUACCCACAAGGUUGCUACUCCCUACCACCCCCAAACCAGUGGACAAGUUGAGGUAUCUAAUAGGGAGUUGAACAAGGUUUUAGAGCGCACAGUUAAUAGUUCCAAAAAAGAUUGGUCUAUAAAAUUAGAUGAUGCGCUUUGGGCUUAUCGUACUGCUUUUAAAACUCCUAUUAGCAUGUCCCCUUAUCGUUUGCUUGCAGGUGAGAAAAGAUUGUUGGAGCUUAAUGAACUAGAUAAGAUGCGCCUUACAGCAUAUGAGAAUGUCAAGCUGUACAAGGAGCACACUAAGAAGUGGCAUGACAAGCAUAUCUUACAUCUACUCAAGGUCCUUCCUUACAAGGUCUUAGAAGUAUCUAAAGCUGGGGGAGAGAUGUUUCAAGUCAAUGGUCAGAGGGCCAAGAUAUACACGGAUGGAGUGACCUCCACCCAACAGGCUAUGUUCUUAUAA